AACACAUACACUCUAGCUUUUUCGAGCUCGAGGCAUCACAACUUGGCUAUGAGUUUUGCAUUAGUUUUUGAAUCGAUACACACAACAAGAUGUUGUUCAUCAACCGAUUUGUUACACAUUGCUGCUGCUUCAUUCCGCUGCGUCUCGCCUGUGUUUUCAUUUUCAUAGUUGAAAUCUUAUUUACCUUCUUUGGAAUGUGCUUGGGACAAGCAAGUCCCACAAAUUGGUGUUGGUUGCUCUUAAGACUGGGCUUCAUGCUGCAUCUCAUUGGCAGCGUAAUGCUUCUCGUUGGCAAUAUUUUCAAAAUAACAAAUCUUUUACUUUUCUAUCUGAUCACAAACUUGGUGCACAUAAUUUUUGCCGCGAUUUACAUUAUAGUUUGGAUUAUCAAAUGCGAUUAUUGUUUCUAUCAACUGUGCGUUUCAUCUAUAGGGCUUGUUCUUAUUUUUGGCUUGUUGUCUAUCUGUUUCGCCGGCAAUGUCUUUGGGAAAAGUCACUUGAUUAUGAGCAAUAGCAAAAGUCGGUUUCGAAAUACUUUCAAGUGUAAUUUAAAGUCGUUGUUUCGCGCAUCUCUGUUGUCUUUGCAUAUUAUUUUUUAGCGGCUUUUAUUUCCAGUGAGUUUGCUUGUUGCCCAAAUUGCUGUUGUUUCUUAUUGUGUGUACUUUUGGCCAUAAUUUCACACUAAUUUGUAAAUUUGCUUUUAAUGCCAAAGACAAAGAGUAACUGCUACAAAAUAACUGGGAUUUUUUCUCGUUUUUGUUUUUGUGUUGGCAGGCAAAAUAAAAGCAUGCAACUCUCUCAAUCAAAUUAAAUGCAAAGCUGAGCUAAAAAUAAUGCCAAAUGAAUUGCAGAAGAAUAAGAACAAGAGCAGUUGCUGUUGCUUCGAUGUUUUAUCCAUUGGUUUGCUGCUGCUUCAGCUGCAAAUCACUUCAUUCCGAUGCAAUUUUCAAUCACGUGCUAAGUGCUGGCAGACAGACAGACAGACAGAAAAUAGAGACGAUUUGUCUGCCAACGUUAGCAUGCAACAUGAAGGGGCACACAGCACAACAGCACAAAAACAAGCAAUGGCAAUUGCUGCAGCAUAAUUUCUGUGUGCACAAACAAAGCAACGACGACGAUGAAGCGAAAAUGGAACUCGACCCCCAGACGAUGAAAUCGAGUUGGCAGCAACUAGUGCAAGCGUAUUUGCCCUAUCACGUACAAAUUAAAAAUGUGAAAUGCUUCAAUUUGGUGCAAGCACUGCGAUUACAACACAAAACAAUGCAAGCAAAAAAUUGAAAAAGAAGCAGCUGCUGCACAGCUGCAGAAAAGACUCGUACAACGGGGCGUAUGAAAUGUGUUGACAAAAUGUGUCUUUUUGUUUCUCUUUAUUUUUUGUUGUUUGUGUUGUGAUCAAUAACACAUCAAUUUAUGCAACAAACGUGCGACAAAACGAGUUAAAAUAUGUUUAUUAAUAUGUGAAUCGAAAAUAAAAUAAAAAGCUUUAAAUGGUAGCUAAAAAUGCGAACGAACUUUGAUUCCGCAUUUUAUGGAUCUUUUUGGACUCAAUUUCAAUCGUCGUCAAGUCAAAGUCAAGCCGUUGUCAGCUGACGAAACAAGUUUUGCAUUAACAUAAGCAUAUUUAAAAAUAAACUUUUCUGCAUAUUUAUUCCACAUUUGUUGUUGCC